CUGUCAUUGCUGUGUAUGAAUUGAUUUGAUUGCUUUUAUUUGUGUUUGUGUACGUACCCCCGGCCCGGCGCCCGGAUCUCAGCUCAGAGCUCAAAUUAUUGAUUGCAGUGCAAUUACCUAGGUACCUACCUAUACCUAGCUUUAUAGAAACCUACAUAAGCCUAUCUUUGGGAGCUUCAUAAAGGCUGUAGGACCUUGUUCAUGUUAUCGUAAAGUAAAAAUAUUUUAUAUAGGUACAAGUAGUUUCUACACUAAAGUAAAGGCCAAUACAGUAUAUAUUUAAAAUGCGGUUGGUUUUAUCAUUUUAUCUGUUAAUAUGUAUUAGUUUUAAUGUCUGGGGUAGCAAACGAUUUAGGCUUGGCAGGGGUAAGGGUGGUAACUUAGGUUUACCUGGUAGUUUCGAUGAGGGAAAAUUACCACAACCACAAUGGUUUAAGCAAAAACUUGACCAUUCAAGCCCCACCAAUAAUAUAACUUGGAAGCAGCGAUAUUUUAUAAAUGAUACAUUCUAUGACUACAAAAACCCUGGUCCAGUAUUUUUGAUGAUUGGCGGAGAAGGUUCUGCUGACCCUAGAUGGUUGGUCAAAGGGGCAUGGAUUGAAUAUGCACAGAGAUUCAAAGCACUUUGUAUAAGCUUGGAACAUCGCUUCUAUGGGGAGUCUCAUCCAACCAAAGAUUUAAGUACUAAAAACCUGCAAUAUUUAUCAUCUUCACAAGCCCUUGCAGACUUAGCGAGCUUUAUAUCUGCUAUGAAAGAAAAGUUUAAGUUGCCAAAUUCUGUGAAAUGGGUAGCGUUCGGCGGUUCAUAUCCUGGCUCUUUAGCUGCUUGGCUGAGGCUGAAGUACCCGCACCUAGUACAUGCUGCCGUGUCCAGUAGUGGACCCCUGCUCGCCAAAGUUAAUUUCAUGGAAUAUUAUGAAGUAGUUUUGAACGCUUUACGUGAAAAGACAGGAGGAGAAGAGUGCGUUGCUGAAUUAAAGACUGCUCACAAUCAGAUUCUUUCACUUAUGGAAACCAAUCCAGAAGAAAUUGAAAAGGCAUUCAAGGUCUGCCUGCCAUUUUCAAAAGCAACUAAUGAUGAUAUUCGAAACUUUUACAAUUCUAUCGCUGAUGAUUUCGCUGAUCUAGUCCAAUAUAAUGAGGAUAACAGAAUUGGUGCUGACAACCAUUAUAAAAACCUGACGAUCAAUACGGUAUGCAAUAUGUUGACUAGCAGCGCAUCGGAGCCGGCUUACAAGAAGCUUGCUGCCUUCAAUUCUAUUAUAUUGGCAAAAAAUAACGAGACCUGCAUGGACUACAGUUACGCGAAUAUGAUUAAUGAUCUACGAAAUGUAACUUGGGGAUCGGAUGGGGCUCGUCAGUGGACAUAUCAGACUUGCACAGAAUUUGGAUUCUAUCAAACGUCAUCUGGAGAAGUCGAGGUAUUUGGAAACCUAUUUCCAUUAGAGUUUUUCAUCAAGCAGUGUCAAGAUAUAUUUGGUCAAAAAUUCAAUGUGGACUUUGUGAACUCUGCUGCAAAGGCAACUAAUAUCUACUAUGGUGGUUUGGACAUAUCUGUCAGUCGAGUUGUUUUCGUGCAUGGAUCCGUGGACCCCUGGCACGCUUUGGGAGUAACGAGCACUGAAGAUAAUGAUACGCCUGCAAUUUUUAUCCAAGGAACUGCACACUGUGCUAACAUGUAUCCUUCAAGCGAGAACGAUUCAAGCAACUUGGUGGAGGCUCGUGUCGAAAUCGUGCAGUACCUGAACUCCUGGCUGGAGCUACCUUGACUGACUCGAAUAAGGGCCUGCUUGUAUCAGGUGCUUACAAAGAAAACACCCAAUGAUUUGUCCACCACUGAAUGCGCCACUUGGUUUUUAUCGCGAAAAGCUCUAACAUUCGUAUGCUCAUGGAUCAGUUUUCUGUUGUUCAUAGACAAGAUGCGCCGAUUGCUUGCCGGAGAAACAAUAUACAAUAGAAGACGUUAAACGUCUUUGAUUAUUAUUAUGCUUGCAUGUUUAAUUACAAAUGUAUACUCAAUAUCAAUCUCAAUAGAUGUAAGUUUGAUGUAAUAUCGAUGUUGCAUUUAUCCACAAUUCAUACAGAUGUAGUUAUCAAGAAAAUUCGAUUUAUAUUUUGUUAAAAUGCAUUUAUUUGAAUAACAUUUAUAUAUUUCAUGGGAAUGUUACCUUAUUUAAAAAUAAGUUCCUUUUAGGUUAAAUUUUUGUUUAGAAUUUAUGUAAAUGUCGUAUAUUCAAUAUGUAACAAUAAAUUAUAAGUAUUUUUAAUGAACUUAAUAUAAUAAUUGCGUAUGUUACUCAUAGUUAGGAAGACAUAAUUGUCAAAUUUCUUGAAUUUCAUAAAUAAGAUAUCAGUAUCACAAUAUUUGAGCAAGUUUUCGCAACAAAGCUUUUGAUUACUAUAGCUUCUACAACCGGAAAUAGACUAAGUAAAUGUUGCAUUCUAUUGUGGAAAAUAAAUUCAGUCCAUACUGUCAGGAAUC